GUCACCUUCUAAUUAAUUAGAAAAACAACAACUUAGGAUUAGACCACACUUUAUGCAUCUUCCCUCCAAAAUCACCCUUACAACCCUUUUAACCACAAUUUUCGCGUCAACUCUUUCCUUAUUCCCUCUAUAAACCCCUUGCUCAUCUCAUAUCCUCCCUACCUCACUUCUAACCCUUAAAAAAUCAUAAGCUAUCAAAACAAACAUAGCAUAAGACUUACCACUCUCUAAUUCUCCCCUAUUGUUGACAUUUUUUGAGAAAAAAAUGUCGACGAUGAUUAAAACAAUCAUCAAGGCUUUAGCCUUGGUGGUAAUUACAAUGGCAAUAACUAUUGCAUUAAGUUCCAUCAAUGUAAGCUUUCAGCAACGCGAGUUUAAUACUCGCGUUGCUGAAAACAUUGAUGAAGAAGAAGGGAGCAACAACAACACGCCGUUGUUGCUCCCUUCUAAGAGGGUAAGCCGGUUUCUAGUUGAGGACGACGAUAAGUAUCAUCAUUAUCAACAUGGAAGAAGUUUGAAGCCUGCGGAUCAUUGUCACAAGGAUAACGAGGUUUGUGACAUAAAUUAUGGGAAGAAUUUUACAUGUUGUGGAAAUAAGUGUUUUGAUCUUACUAUUGACAAAAAACAUUGUGGAUCUUGCCAUAACAAGUGUAAGUUUACGUAUGACUGUUGCAAUGGAAAGUGUGUAGACAAAUUCUAUGACAAAAGACAUUGUGGGAGAUGCAACAGCAAGUGCUUAAUCGGGCAAUAUUGUGUUUAUGGGAUGUGUGAUUAUGCUUAAUUCAUUAAUCCCAUUUUGAUCAUAAUUAUUUAUGAGGUUUGUGAUUUAUUUAUCAAGCAAUAAAGAACCACAUAUUUGUGGUGGAUCAUUUUCAUUUCAGUCAUACAAUUAUACAAAGUUCUAAUCAUAUAUCAUUUAGCUUGUUUGAUUCAAAAGCAAUAAUGUAAGUGCUAUGCAUACCAAAUUUAAUAUUUGUCUAAGUUGUAAUAUUGUUGUGUCAAAGAACAUAUGCAUUGACAAUAUUUUGUGCUUAUAUAUACUAAUAUUGUUUUCUGUUUUCAGGGA